UAAGGUUUCGUUGGCUAUCACUACUCAAGGCUUGAUUAAUCAUUAAUUGAGUUGGUUCUCCUUUGUUAGUUUUCAACUCCACCAAUCAAGGCUUAUUCUGGUGUUCUUCUUGCUUCUGUGUUUUGUUCUUUCUUAUUGUCAGUUGGAGCACCAAACAUGGAUCAGGACUCUUAUAGAAAUAAGCCACGUUAUAAGAGUCCGGGACUGUUAUAAAAAUUAAGGUGAAGGAUGAUAGUCCUGUGAAACAAACAUCACCUUAAUGUCAUAAUUAGGAUCAGCACAGGAACCAGAGGAUAAGCAUUAGAACCAGAAAGUAGAAAGUAGAAACAGAUAAAGAAAGAGUCUCGGGUCUAGACUAAUAAAAAAAACAACUAUACAAAUGCCAUCGGGAAAAAAAAAACUAUACAAAUAAAAAAAAAGGAAAAAGGACUCUAGCUAGACUUUAUAAAAAUUUAUAUCUUUCAUGUCUCAUGUGAAAAUAGAAUUUCUUGUUAUAAAAAUUAUAAUAUUUUUUACAUUUUUAUUUAUAUAUGUUAUAAAAUAAAUUUAAAAAAUAAAAACCGCCUAGGCCCUUAGGCGCUAGGCUUCGGACCACCGCCCGACUAGCGCCUAGCAUUUUUUAGAACCUUGCUUUUUAUAAGUGUUGUGAGUGCUAAAGCAGUAACAAAGUGUUUGGUAAACUAAAAGUGUUGUGAGUUUGUAGAAUGACCGAUUUGGACAUAAAAGAAUUUUUUGCCUUAAUUGUUUGGUAAUAUAAUGUAGUUCAAGUUUCUUUAAUUCAAAAUGUGGUGCAAUUUUAGGCCUGGGCACAGUCCCAGCUCGGCACCUAAUUUGCAAGGCCCGGGACCGAGUCUGAAUUUUUCGAGUCGGGCUCAAAUUUCGUUUUUAAGUUUCAGGGACCAGAAAGGCCCGAACCGAAAAAAACGGGGCCGGUCCUCGGGUUUUUUUCAGGCCCAAAAGGCUAAAAAAAAAAACAACAGAUCUUGCUCCAAACUUCCAAAGCCACCUAACCACCACCAUUGAGAGAGAGAGAGAGAGAGAUUGAGAUGUUUUGGGGUUGAGUAACAAAGAAAAACUAGAAAGAGAGAGAUUUUGGGUUGAGUAACGACAGAAGAAGAAUUAGGAAUUUCUCUACAAUUGAUCUAAUGGGGAAGGACCAAAGGAGGACUAGGGAGAGAAGGGAAAAGAAAAGAAAAAAGACAAUGGAGGCGUUUGGGGAAAAGAAGAUAAGGAGAAGAAAAAAACAAAAAAGAAAGAAGGGGGGAACUGGGGAGGAACAGAAAGAAAGAAGAAAGAGAAAAAGAGAGAGUCCAGAAAGAGGAGGGGUGGGACCGGGGGAGAAUUAGAGUAGAAGAAUCUCGAGGAGAAGAACGUGGGGAGAGAAGGAGGAAAAGAAAAAGGGGUAGGAACUAGGAAGACUUAUAUUUUAUUAAAAAUAUUUAUUAAUUAAUAGUCGGGCCCAACGGGCUUUAUUAUAUUUCAAAAUAUUGGACCAGAUCCGGAUCGGAUUUGAGCCUGUUCGGACCAGACCGGAGAAUAUUAACAAAUUUUUUUUGCAAACCCGGACCAAAUCGGGCAGUCCGGGCCGGUUUUUCGGGCUUACGGACUUUUUCGCCCACUCCUAUGCAAUUUCAUUAAUCAAGACGGCAGCGGCACCAGCCUCAUUUCAAAAAAAAAAAAAUGCGGUGUGAUUUAAUCUUGGACAGCCGAAUUCUAAUUUAUUAGUUCAUUUUACCUAAUGCAUAGUAAUAAUCAAUUGGAAAUCAAAUUGCAUGCAAACCAUCCAAUGAUCAAUAUUUGUACCAAAAGCAUUGUGAUACAUCAAUUCAUCAAAUAUUGAAUUUAAGGAACAUUAUUAUGGCAUUCAUACAUUUCAAGUUUCCUAGCUAAGUUUUACAUGAUGAAAGAUAAUAUAACUUGCUGCAUUGCUUGGUAUUCCGCUUGAUCUCUGAAUUAAUACCAACUGCAGCAACUCCUAUUGGUAUUCCAGUUCCAAGAACUCCAAUUGAUUUUCCUAACAACACAGAUUUGAACAGCAAAAGGCACAAGCACUACUUUCAUUGCUAGUUCAUGAACAAACCCUGAAACCCAAUUAGCUAAUUACAGAAAAUCAAACUAGCAGCUAGCUCAUGAACAAACCCAAUUGGUCCUGACCCAAAAAACUAGCAGCGAGAUUUUCGAGGACGGCGGAGAGAUAGACCGGAGCGCCGCCGCCGACUAGCUCGCCAUGCGGAGGUUAGAGGGAAGCAUACUCCUAACGACUUGCCGCCAGUUCUGUAAGCUCUCACCGCCCAGUUUGAAUGCAAUUCCAUUUUCUGAUCGAAAUCCCACUCCCCAAAACAACAUUGUGUCAUGGAACAAAAUGAUUGCCGGGUACGUCAGAAAUGGCCAAAUGCGAGUUGCCCACAACCUGUUCGAUGAAAUGCCUGUCAAAGACGAAGUUUCCUGGAACACCAUCUUAUCGGGCCUGCACAACACGGAAGACCCAGAUGGAGUUAAUCGAUGUUUCUUGCAAAUGAGAAGAGAUGGGUUUAGACCAAAUGAGUAUACCAUCUCCAUAGUAUUGAGAGCCUUUUUGGGGACUGUGCUUAAUGUUUUGGUCCCGCAGAUUCAUGCCUUGGCAAUACUCUCGGCGCUCAACUCAACUGUGUUUGUUGGGUCGGCACUUAUGAAAGGGUAUGCAAAUAUAGGGGAUGGAGUAGCUAUGGCUAGAGUAUUCGAUGAGAUUUCGGCCAAGGAUGUGUCAUCUUGGAAUGCAUUGAUUUCGGGUUACAUGGAAUUGGGGUGCAUGCAUGACGCUCAAAGAGUUUUUGAUGGGAUGCCGGAGAGGAAUAUAGUUUCUUGGACUAGUUUAGUAAAUGGGUAUAUCAGAAAUAGGAGGGUUAACAAGGCUCGCUCCGUUUUCAAUAAAAUGAGUGCAAAAAAUGUGGUCUCAUGGACUGUUAUGAUCAGUGGUUAUGUGAAGAAUCAGAAAUUUGUAGAUGCUUUGGAACUUUUCCUCUUGAUGUUGAAGUCAGGGACUCUGCCCAAUCAGUUCACAUUUUCAAGUGUGCUGGAUGCAAGCGCUGGUUGUUCUUCACUUAUCUUCGGUCAGCAAGUACACUCACACAUCUUAAAGUCUGGUAUACCGGAGGAUGUAACCUUGUCAACCUCGCUUGUUGAUAUGUAUGCAAAAUGCGGUGAUAUUGCUGCAGCGUUUUGUAUUUUUGGAUCCAUGCCAAAGAAAAACUUGAUAUCCUGGAAUUCAGUUAUAGGAGGUUAUGCAAGGCAUGGAUUUGCUACAAGAGCAUUGGAGGAAUUUGAGAGAAUGACUAACUGUGGUGUUAGGCCUGAUGCAGUUACAUUCACAAACGCGUUAUCCGCUUGUGCACAUGGUGGGAUGAUUGAAGAAGGAAAAAGCCUCUUUAACACCAUGAAGUCAAAGUUCGGAAUGGAACCACAGGUAGAGCAUUAUGCUUGCAUGGUGGACCUCUAUGGGAAAGCAGGUGAGCUAGAGGAAGCGGAGAAGUUGAUACAUGGGAUGCCAUUUCAGCCGGAUGUUGUUAUUUGGUGUGCGUUACUUGGUGCUUGUGGUUUGCAUUCAAGUUUGGAACUUGGUGAGUUUGCGGCAGAGGAACUUGAUAAACUAGAAAGUGACCAUGCUGCAAUAUAUUCAACGCUUUCAAGGAUUCAUGGGGAAAGAGGAGUUUGGAAUAGUGUGCUCGAGUUAAGGAAGACAAUGAAAGAGAAAGGCGUUCAAAAGCAGAAUGCAGGUAGCUGGGUUGAGUCUGCACGAGUAAUUAGAUAAACCACUAGUAUCUUCCUCGUUGCUGAUCUUAAUCUACUCCAAACCAACUGGCUACAGUACUCAAAAAAACGCAUGCCUGCUUCCAACACAGACUCACUCGUCUAGAUGAGCAAAUUUAUUUGUUUGUAAGUGGCUAUCUCCACCUGGGGAGCAGCCAAAGGAGUCACAAUUGGAGUCAAAAUCUCCCGAGUCAGGUCCCAACACCGUACUCUUAUUGGUCUCCCAAUGGAGAGACUCUUCGGGUCCAAUCUCAGGUUCUGGUUAAUCAACAG